AGAGUGAAGGGAGAGCUGCUCUUUCCUUUCUCCCCUCUCGUACUCCUCCCCACAGAGAUUAAUGCAAAGGAGCUGAACAGUUGAGGUUAACUAAUUCAGCAAAGAGCAGAGGUUGUGACGUUCCUGCUGACUGUGGUUCUGACCCUCAGUGCUUGAUGUAUUCAGUCUAAUCUUUGUGGUAAAUCUAAAUGAGCAAGAAAAUGAUGAAGCUAGCAGCAAGUUGCCUUCAGUGCCGUGCUCACUGAUUCGAGGGCACCAAACAAGUAGAAUCCUGGUUAGAUCCCUCCAUCUAUGUCUAGGAUCCUCUGCUCCCAUUUCUGUAAGCGGUAAAGUUCAGAUGAGAUGUUAAACAGAAGCCUCGUCUGCCUCUCAGGUGGUUGUGAAAGAUCCCACACAGCCAUUAUUGAAAGAAGAGCAGUGGAGUUUUACCCUGUAUCCUGGACAAUAUUCAUCCCUCAUUACUCAAAACAAAAAAUAUCUGGUUCUUAUCUCACUGUGGGAUCUUGCUGUGUGCAAUUUGGCCGCUGCGUUUCCUACGUUACAGCUGCGACUAAGCUUCACAAAGCACUUCGUUGGCUGCAAAGCGCUUUUGGGUAUCCUGAGGCCCUGAAAGGCGCUCUAUAAAUGUAAGCCUUCUGUUUGAAGAGGAAGGCCACUGAAGCCUCACAGUGAGCGGGGCAGUGACCAGGGAUUAACCACUGGGCCCACCUAGAAUCCCAUCGUUGGGCGUGGCGUCGCAGAGACCUGUGCAAGUUCCAUGUCUGCUACUCCGAGCAAUGAGCCUGCGUAGCUCAACUCUGUGUCAUGCUGUCCCCUCGCCGAGAAGGGCCUGGGCUCAAGACCCUUUGCAGGACUUGAAAGGCCUCAUCGGGCUGAAUUUCGGGAAGAAGGUGACGUGGCGCCAGUGUCACCGGACGAGUAAUCCAGAGGCCUGGGCUAAUAUCCUGGGGUCGCGGGUUCAAAUCCCACCACGGCAGCUGGUGGAAUUUAAAUUCAGCUAACGAGUCUGGAAUUGAAAACUAGCCUCGGUGAUGGUGACCCCGAUUGUCGCUGACGCCCAUCGGGUUCACUAAUGUCCCUUUAAGGAAGGGAAUCUGCUGCCCUCGCCUGGUCUGGCCUACACGUGACUCCAGACCCACAGCAUCACUCAGUUGAAGGACAAUUAGGGAUGGGUAACAAAUGCUGGCCUUGCCAGAGACACCCUCAUCCCACCAAGGAAUUUUUUAAAUGCCAUUGGUCCCAGGGUAAGAACCGGAUCUCGACGUCAUUUCGAGGUUUCUCUCGUUUCUCGGUUAUCCCGGCCUGCCGCUGCUGCUCGGCCAUGAGUGUCGCUUCCAGAAUACGGACGCAGCCCGUGGGCUCGUCCGCCAUCCGCGGAGACCCUUACUCCGUCUUUGUGAUCAAAGAGGGCUACGCUUACCCAGACAGAGACGGCAACACCAAAGCCGACGGCUCGAUAACGCUGCUGAAGGGGAGGCAGGCCGUUUUAGUGGACACCGGCAACCCCUGGGACAAGGGGGUGAUCUUACAGGGCCUGGGAGGCCACGGCCUGGAGCCGGAGGACGUCUCGUUUGUGGUGUGCACCCACGGCCACUCCGACCACGUGGGAAACCUCAACCUCUUCCCCCAGGCCACCGUCAUCGUCUCGUACGACGUCUGCCGGAGGGAUGUCUACCUCAGCCACGACUUCCGCGCCGGCCUGCCCUUCAAGAUUGACGACGGUGUGGAGGUCUUUGCCACGCCCGGGCACUGCGGCAGCGACGUGAGUGUCCUGGUGAGGGGCACAGAGGAGGGCACAGUGGUGGUGGCUGGGGACUUGUUCGAGAGAGAAGACGACGAAGGGAGCUGGCAGCCCCUGAGUGAAAACCCCGAGCUCCAGGCCAAGCACCGGGAUAGAGUGCGGAGCCUGGCUGAUGUUAUUAUUCCUGGGCACGGGGCACCCUUCAGAGUAAUAAAGGAACGUGAGCCCGCUUUAUGAA